ACCGAACAAAGAUAUAUGGGGUUCUUCACAAUGCUCUCUUUACCACUCCGCCUCCUUUUCUUCUUCCUGUGUCUUAAAACUGCGUUCUCAUCCUCUUUACAUGCUUCUUCCUUCUCAACAACACAGCUCUGCCCUCAUGAGGAGGCUUUUGCUUUGCUGCAAUUCAAGACUUCCCUUUCCUUCGAUAAUUCUAAGACUGAGUCUUGGAAGGAAGGUAUAGACUGCUGUUCCUGGGAUGGGGUUAGCUGUGAUAAUGUCACAGGUCAUGUAAUCUCUCUUGAUCUCAGCGGCAGUUUCCUUUCUGGCACCUUUCCUUCCAACAGCACUCUUUUUCUCCUCAAAAACCUGCAGAGCCUCAAUCUUUCCUUCAGUGAUUUUAGGCAUUCCAAGGUUCCACCAGAAAUCAGUCAGUUUACCAAACUAAAGCAUCUUGAUAUCUCUUGUUCUCAGUUUUCGGGCCAAGUUCCAGCAGAAAUUGCUCACCUACCCAAGUUAGUUUCUCUCAAUCUCUCUAAUUGCGGUUAUUUGGCGGUUGCUGACUUGAUCCUUGAAACAACUACCUUGAGAAAUCUUGUUCAGAACUUAAGUGAGGUGAGAGAACUUGUGCUUUAUAAAGUGAACAUGACAUCUGUUAAUCCUCGUUUCUUCAUGAAUCUUUCUUCUUCUUUGACUACUCUUAAUCUUUGUAGGAGUGGGUUAAGAGGAAACUUUCCAAACAAUAUUUUCCACUUUCCAAAUCUCAAGUUUUUUUGUUUAGGUGGAUCUUCUAUAGAGCAAAACCUCACUAUUGAUCUUCCAAGUUCCAAUUGGAGCAGUUCUCUCCAACAUUUGUAUUUAGGUCUUAUGGAUUGCCGAGGGCGAUUGCCAGAGUCUAUAGGAGAUCUAAAGUCAUUACAGUAUCUACGUCUUGACGGUCACUUGGAAGGUUCCAUUCCAACAUCAAUUACAAAGCUCACACAACUUCGCUCACUCCAACUUUCAAGUAAUCACUUUUCUGGUCCCAUUCCAGUUUCCAUAGGGAACUUAUCCCAACUUACUCUUCUAGGCCUCAGACUUAACAUUCUUAGCGGACAAAUCCCAUCAUCACUUGCAAACCUCACACAACUUAGCGUACUUGACCUUUCAGGGAAUCACUUUUCUGGUCCCAUUCCUUUUCAUGCAACUAGGUUUUCCAAACUAAGCACUCUAGACUUAUCUUAUAACUUACUUAAUGGCACGUUGCCACCUUGGAUUUUCACCCUACCUUUGUUAGAGUACUUGUAUCUCAAUCAUAACCAAUUUCAAGGUCAAAUAAAUCAAUUCCAGCAGAAAUCACUCAUACAACUAUUUUUGUCAAACAAUAAACUCCAGGGCUCAAUUCCUAACUCAAUGGCUAAUUUAGUAAAUCUUUAUUCUCUUGAUUUAUCAUCAAAUCAUUUCAUCACUCUUUCAUACAAUAAUCUGUCCUUGAGAAUGAAUGCCCAUGCCAACUUCACAUUACCCAAACUAACUAAUGUUUUAUUGUCUUCUUGUAACUUGAGUGAAUUCCCCAAUUUCUUAAGACAUUCAGAUGGUCUGCGAAGCCUAGUGCUAUCCAAAAGUAGCAUUCCUGGAAAUAUUCCUGAAUGGAUAUGUGAAAUGGAUGAUCUCGAAAUUCUUGACCUUUCUCAUAACAAUUUAAGCGGGAAGAUUCCAAAUUGUCUUCCUAUGUCUCUCUCAGUGUUGAAUUUGCAGGCCAAUUACUUUGAUGGAAUUAUAUCAUUUGGGUUUCCAAAGGGUUGUGGAUUGCGAAAUCUCAACUUACAUGGAAAUCAAAUGGAUGGGCCAUUACCAAGGUCUUUGGUGAAUUGUGACGAGUUAGAGGUUCUAGACGUUGGCAACAACAACAUAGAGGAUACAUUCCCUCAUUGGUUGGAAUCUCUACCAGACCUUCAAGUGCUUGUCUUAAGGUCCAACAAGUUCCACAGUUCUGUGCAGGGCACCAAAGAAAGUCUGUCUUUUCCCAAGUUACGAGUUCUAGACCUCUCCAACAAUGAUUUUCUUGGACCUUUGCCUAUUCGGUACAUGGAAAAUUUUAAAGCGAUGAUGGACUCUCAUGGAGAGGAUGGUUCCCCUGAAUACAUGAUGGUGCCGACGUUAACCGGUUCUUAUCAAUAUUCACUGGUUGUGACAUGGAAGGGAUUCGACUAUGAGCUGCAGGGAAUCUUGACCAUAUUCAGUAGUAUUCAUCUCUCAAAUAACAAGUUUGAGGGAGAAAUUCCCGAUGUUAUUGGAAAGCUUAGUUCUCUCAAAGGGCUUAAUCUUUCUCAUAACAACUUUACUGGUCAUAUCCCACCGUCACUAGGGAAUCUGAUGAAUCUGGAAUGGUUGGAUCUCUCUUCCAACAAGCUGACGGGGAAAAUUCCUGAUGAAUUGGUAUCUUUGAUACAACUCUCUGUAUUGAAUCUUUCAAAUAAUCUACUUGUCGGGCACAUACCACAAGGCAAUCAGUUCAACACUUUUGGAAAUGAUUCUUAUGAAGGAAACCUUGGACUGUGUGGAUUUCCAUUAUCAAAAUCUUGUAAUGGAAUUGGGACACCGCCAACCUCCUUCCAAGAAAAAGCUGAGUUCUGGAGAUUUGGCUGGAGAGUUGUGGUGUUAGGCUACGGAUGUGGAGUUGUUUUUGGACUGCUGAUGGGAUAUCACGUCUUCCGAACAGGAAAACCAAAAUGUGGAGCUUAUAUGAGAUCGUUAAGUGAAGAAAACAAUGAUCUGGAUGGUGACCACGGUGACGUUUUCGGCCUGGAUUUGGAGUCUCUGAAGAUUUUGCUGAAGCGGGGAGUCUUUAAUGGGGCAAUGCUUUGUUGUCUUUUGGUUUUCGCGUGCAAGAGAGGGCUUGUGGUGGAGGGAGUGGUGAAUGCAGGGUACGGAGUGAUUGAGCAGUGGGCAUUGUUGUUGAGAAAUGCGUGGCCUAAGGGAACUACUCUUGAUACGAUUCAACAAAGUAAUGAGACUAAAAAUCCAAGUUUAGGUGAAGCCAACAACCAAUUAACGUGUGUUAUGAAGUUUGGACGCUCAUCCGUGACCUCUGCUGAGAGGAUCAGAGAUGUUGCAGCAGUUAUCCUCAGCUUCCCCAAUGACAGGCCAGUGAUUGUUCUCUCUGCUGUGGGAAACACAACAAAUAAUUUUUUGUUGGCAGGAGAGAAGGCUGUUAGCCGUGGAAUCACUAAUGUGGAAACCAUGAAUGAGUUUAGUUUCAUAAAGGACCUGCAUCUUUGGACAGCUGGAAAGAUUGGAACAGCUUCUAAAGGGAAUUGCUAUGAUGAAAGAGUUAACCCUACGAAUGCAAGACUACUUACUAUGGCAAAAAGGUUAAAUGAUGAUUGGCUCAGUGAUCCUGCAAUUCUGGUUGUCACUGGUUUCCUCACUUUACUGGGAAAGGACUGGAGAUCUUCUGCAAUUACUACAUUAGGUAGGGGUGGUAGUGAUUUGACAGUGACAACUAUUGGGAAAGCAUUGGGCUUGCGAGAGAUUCAGGUAUGGAAGGAUGUUGACGGUGUCUUGACCUGUGAUCCUAAUAUAAACCUUCGUGCAGAACCUGUCCCCUAUUUGACGUUUAAAGAAGCAGCUGAACUUUCUUACUGUGGUGCUAAGGUCCUGCAUCCACUAUCCAUGAGACCAGAUAUGGAAGGUGAUAUUCCCGUGAAGAUUAAGAAUUCUUACAACCCUACUGCACCGGGAACUCUUAUCAAAAGAGAUAGAGAUAUGAUGCUUACUAGCAUUGUUUUGAAAAGGAAUGUUACAAUGUUGGAUAUCGUCAGCACUCGCAUGCUUGGUCAAUAUGGCUUCCUGGCAAAGGUAUUUUCAAUCUUUGAAGAUCUGGGCAUCUCACUGGAUGUUGUAGCUACCAGUGAAGAACUCAACCAUCUUGUCGAGGAACUCAAGAAAAUUGCAGUUGUCAAUCUGCUUUCAGCACCGAUGCAUUAUUCCUCUAACUGGAAAUGUCCAGAGGCGUUCUGCGUUCUUCGGACAAAUGGAGUUAGUGUUCAGAUGAUCUCUCAGGGUGCAUCUAAGGUUAACAUAUCAUUGAUUGUGAACGACAAUGAAGCAGAGCAGUGUGUUAGGGCUCUACACACAGCAUUCUUUGAAAGUGAUACAUCAGAAGCUGCAGCGUGAAAAUAUGUAGGGCAUAUCGGCCCUCCUUUAAUUGUUGUAAAUGUAUCAUUGUUCAUGAGAUGUUGCAAGGUUAUACAUUGAUUAUCCCAAUUAUUGUUCAUGAGAUGGGUUCGGGUUCAGUUAGCCAUCAAUCAAUCAAACUGAGCUCC